ACUUGUGCCACUAAAGUACGUAGACUAUCGAUUUCCUGUGUUUCUCUUUGGAAUGUGCUGAUCCAAUAGUGUAGGCCUAUAUUUGGCAUUCAUGUUGGGAAGUCUUUUUCUAAAUACAUGUGUUUGUGUGUCGUGCCUUUUCUUUAAGUACGGAAAGUUUGUUUCGUUAAAAAGAGAUCAAAGGGAAGUGAGCUCAGGUUUAUUAAAAAGUUAUAAGUGAAUUCUAUAAAUAGCAAGGUUAACAAUGGAAAGAAACUGAACGAGAGCUUUGUGUCAAUUCAUUCGGGAACUUGUUUUGGCUAGAAGCUAUUUCAAUCAUUGUAACAUUUGACAAAGUGGCAUAAAGUAUAAUUAUUCUUGACUUGCUGAGAGAUAAUUGCUCUAAAUCACGAAUUUGAUCAAUAUGGAGCACCAUACUAGUGGCUUGCUAUUUUCAUAUUCCAAGCAAAAUGCGUAUCACGACACCUGCAUCCCGAGACCUGUAGUGCCUCCACCUGAGUUCACUCCUGGCAAAGCUCAGGGCAAAGAUUUCAGUAAAUUGGACGCUAUCACACAGUCCGUUAUAUGGAAAGAAAAUGUACACGCAGAACAGCGGUGCUUGAAAAACUGGGAAAACAACUGGGGCUUUCUAACAGAGUACGACGCUAAGGGAAAUGUGAAAGAGAAAGAGGAGCUUCCGGAGAAAUCCAACAUGUUUAGUGACAACGUCCCGAACACCAAUUCCGGAAACUACGGCAGCAGACUUGACAAGGAUUCUGGGAAAGCUAUGCAGAGCUUAGAGUUCAAAUUUUUCAGUGAGAGCAGACGCAAGAAGCUGCCGGAAGAAAUGAUUUGUUAUUAAAUUGCGAUGUCGUUUUUUUGUUAAGGAUUAUGUUGUUAUCACAUUGUAAGAGAAACGAUUGUAUAUUAAGGUUGUUAUUCAUUUUAUAAUUGAAUGUAUUUCAUUCCCUGUUUCAUAAUUAGCCAUUAUCGAGCACAAUACAGAUAAGAGAAGGAUUUAAGGCUUAACUCUUUUUCUCCACAUCGACGAUACCAUCGUUGAUUUUGACCUCAUUUAAUAAAAUUAAUGUUUACUUUUUAAAACGUGACUUUGAAUUAUAUAAAAAAGAGCACGCAGUUCCCUUUAAGUCUAGACCAAAUACAACAUUUUCUGAUAACAAACAACAAAGCUGCUGAAGCCCAAUCAUAACAGGUGUAGUGAAAUAGUAAUGAGCAAAAUAACCCAAAACGUGAACAAUUAAUUACGGAGAGAAAGAGUUAAAACAAUCGUAUCUCUGCAAUUAUGUUUUGUGGCCAAAUAAAAAUGAGGGACGAUGCUCUAGACAUGACUAGUACGAUCAAUUAGCGAUACUUAGUCAUCGAAGGAUCGAUACUUUUAGACAUUUUUAUGUGCUCGCGUUGUUUAACAACUUUAUCACAUAACUCUCAUAAUUAAUAACAGAUUAAUUUAUUCUUAAGAUGUUGAUAUUGGACGCUUGGUACUAACAUCAAAGGUCACACGCUUGCGUUUCAGUUCAACAUGAGACGCUGUUUUUUUACGAGCGCUGAGUAAAAAAGAGAGAGAAAGAAAGAGAGAGAGAGAAAGAAAGAGAGAGAGAGAGAGGUAAUAGGAAAUUCACACACACGCAGACGCUAUAGAUAUUCAAAAUUUUUCCAUAAUUUAUAUUUGUAACUGAUUUGUACUCAAAGUGUUGCCUCUGUCUCAUUACGAACUUAUUUUUUUUGUUAAACUUUUGAUUUGUAUUUCAUACGAGGAAGGUCAAAUACAAAAGUAUUUGUCUCAUUGAAUACAAUAAACAGCACAUUAUAAAAUGUCUGGUGUUACACACUAUGA